AUGGCAGAGCAAUCGGAAGGCAAGUACUAUCUCUCUUACUCUUCUCGGUUUCCUGCUGGGCCGUCUCAGAGCAGAUUCAUUAUUCAGUCCCCGAGGAGCUGUCAAAAGGUUCUAUAGUGGGGAAUCUGGCAAAGGACCUAGGACUGAAUCUCAGAGAACUGGCAAGUCGCAAAAUGCAUGCCAUCUCUGUGGACAAGGUGCAGUAUUUCAGAAUCAGUGCAGAUAAUGGAAACCUCUAUGUGAAUGACAGGAUAGAUAGGGAAGAAAUAUGUGACACAACCCCACUAUGCAUUCUUAAUCUUGAAGUGGUUAUUGAAAAUCCUUUAGACAUUUACCAUCUAAAAAUAGAGAUACAGGACAUUAAUGAUAAUGCACCACAGUUUCUCAGUAGCAUAAUCCAGUUGGAGAUCAUUGAAACAACCCAACCAGGCACCAGGUUCCUUCUUGGGAAUGCCAAAGAUCCGGAUAUCGGCACAAACGCUUUACAGAAUUACCAUCUUAGCACCAAUCCUUACUUUUCCUUGGAUGUGAAAGAGAGUCCGGAUGGAAAUAGGUUUGCAGACUUAGUACUGCAGAAACCACUCGAUCGCGAGAGUGAACCAACCCUUCAGCUGACAGUUACUGUGCUGGAUGGGGGGAAACCCAGAAAAACCGGAACAGCCCAAAUACGGAUCAAUGUCACCGAUGCCAAUGAUAAUCCACCUAUAUUCACCCAAGAAAUCUACACAGUCAGUCUGAGGGAAAAUGUACCAGUUGGGUUCCUUGUGCUGCAGCUUGAAGCUUCAGAUAAAGAUGAAGGUUCACAUGCAGAAAUCAGGUAUUAUUUCAGCAAUAUGCCACUGAGUGCAAAUAAGAAAUUCAGCCUGGAUUCAACCAGUGGAAUAAUUUCUCUUGUGGAAUC